AUGUCUAUCGAGAUCACCGAAGCUGGUUGGAGGCUCAUUCAAGCCGGAAGAGUUGUCCUCAUCAGGGCGGAGGGACACCCCGGAAAGUUCGGUUGUAUCACGGCAAUUAUCGACCAGAACCGCGUUCUCGUCGAUGGUCCCAGCGCGAAGCCCGAACUCGCUCUCGCCAGACAACCCGUUCACGUCAACGCUAUCUCAUUGACCCCCAUCGUCAUCGAGAAGCUUCCCCGCGAUGCCGGCACCGGAGCGCUCCGCAAGCUCUGGGAGAAGCAGGAGAUUGACCAGAAGAUCGAGGAGAGCACCUUUGCGAAGAAGCGCGACCAGCAGCAGCGGAGACAGAACCUGUCCGACUUCGAGCGAUUUAAGGUGAUGCGGUUGAAGAAGCAGGCGCGCUUCGAAAUCAAGAAGACUGCUGCGAAGGUCAAGGCUGCGGCUUAA